UGUACUUCUGUCUUCACCUACUUGAAAACAAAAACUGAAUCACCACCAUUAUCUAUCAUCAUCAACCACUUCCUCAAAUACCAAAAGAGAAAAAACUUAAAAUUCCCAUUAUAAAAAUGAGGCUACAACCAUUCAACAUGUUGCUGGUGCCAUUUUUCUUGCUUCUUGUUGCUGGUAAUUUUCCUUCCAUAGCAAAUGGGUCUCUGGUGCUACCAUUUAUAGAUUCUCCAAGCAGUCUCUUGUCUGAUCUCUGGUCUGAUCGCUUCCCAGACCCAUUUCGUGUGCUGGAGCAAGUUCCAUUUGGGGUUGACAAAGAUGAGCCAUCCAUGGUUCUGUCACCUGCUAGAGUAGACUGGAAGGAGACACCAGAGGGGCAUGUUAUGAUGCUGGACGUGCCAGGGUUGAAGAAAGAAGAGAUAAAGAUAGAGGUGGAUGAGAACAGGGUGCUGAGAGUGAGUGGAGAGAGGAAGAAGGAGGAGGAGAAGAAAGGGGAACACUGGCACAGGGUGGAGAGGUCGUGUGGAAAAUUCUGGAGGCAGUUCAGGUUGCCUGAGAAUGUGGACAUGGAUUCUGUCAAGGCUAAGCUGGAGAAUGGGGUGCUUACUCUGACACUGAACAAGUUGUCACCUGAUAAGAUCAGAGGUCCAAGGGUUGUGAGCAUUGCAGGGGAGGGUGAGCAACCAGCCAAGCUCACCAAUGAUGGGGCCAAGCAGGAGCUUUGAAAUAUUAGUGGUGAAUAAUCAGUGAUGAAAAGAAAAGUGCUUUUUAAUUCUGUGUGAAUAAAAGGGUUUUCACCCAAGAUCUUGGUUGUUUUGAUGGAAUGUGUCACUUGUUGACCAUUGUUGCUGAAGUGUGAGUUCAGUGUUGUAUAGCCUUUCCUAAUAUCCUAAUGAAGAGGAGUUUCCUUGUUAUGUAAGAUA